CUAAAAACAUGGCUGGUAACGGAAUUAUUUUCCUAUACCAUUAUAUAUAAAACGCGGUUAUUUGAGGAGGAGGGCCAUAGGAAUGGAGGAAAUGAAAUGGGGGAGAAUUUCGAGAACAGUAAUUUUCAGGAGCAAUCUCUGGGAGAUUACGUUUUGAGGUCAAAACUUGGAGAAAGCUCUCUGUCGACGGUGUGGAGAGCGGAACACAGAACCACCGGUGAAGUGGUGGCGCUGAAGCAAAUACCCCUGGCGAAGUUGACGCGCCAUCUCAGGAAUUGCUUAGACUGUGAGCUCACAUUCUUGUCCUCCGUCAACCAUCCCAACAUCAUUCGCCUCCUUGAUUUCUUCGAAUACGAGGGCUCCAUUAUCCUUGCUUUGGAGUUCUGCGCGGGGGGAAAUUUAGCUUCUUACAUCCAGCACCACGGCAGAGUUCAAGAGUGUGUAGCUAAAAGAUUUAUGCAGCAGCUAGGUGCUGGUCUCAAGGUAUUAAAACAGAAUCACAUUGUUCACCGGGACUUGAAACCAGAGAAUAUUCUUUUGUCUUGCUCUGACUGCAACCCAAUUCUAAAAAUUGCGGAUUUUGGACUUUCCAGGAUUUUACUUCCUGAUGAAUCUGCAGAAACUGUUUGUGGGUCGCCAUUGUACAUGGCUCCUGAAAUCCUGCAGUUUCAGAGAUAUGAUGAGAAGGUCGAUAUGUGGAGUGUUGGUGCAAUCCUUUUUGAACUUCUCAAUGGCUACCCUCCUUUUCAUGGCAGGUCUAGUGUCCAGCUUCUGCAGAAUAUCAAAGCGUCUACGUCUCUGCCGUUUUGUCAUCUAAUUCUUCCACAUUUGCACCCUGACUGCAUUGAUUUGUGUUCACGAUUAUUAUCAAUUAAUCCAGAUGACCGUCUGUCCUCUGAGGAGUUUUAUCAACACAAUUUCUUACAACUUUGAAGUCGGAGCAGUUUGUCCAUCAAUAGUCGUUGCAGUUCACACGAGAAGUCCCUAUUUGUCUGUCAUUUUGUUCUGCUUGAGAAUUCUAAUCUGAUGUCAUCCAUUUGUUUCCUUCAAAUCACAUGUUAAUGCGCUGCCAUCUUGAUGCUCCAUUUACUACAAUCUGUUAAGGUGAAAAAGGUCGAAAUAAAACAUGCUUCAACGUCAAACUCCAGGCAUAAAAUUGCUCCUGCAAGUUGAAAUCAAGGGUGCAGGUUCAAGAAAUGCUUCUAUUCGGCCUUUCUUGCUCACUACUAUCAUGUUCCAGCAGGAUAAAAGAUAUUGCAUUGCCUAGCGAGUCCAAGCACUAGGGUCAGUAGAUGUUUCAGCUGACAGGGUCGAGGUUUAGCAAAUAUUGCCAGGUAAAAAGGUCAAUAUCUUGGAAUUAGCUGGAACGUCAAUCUGAGAUGCUAAUAUCACUGGAAGAGGCGAUACUGCAGAAAAAUCAUUCUCUUGGUCUUUUGCACGAACAGUGGAAUGGUCAGUUGAGCUCUACAAGGUCAUUACUCCAAAUGUUGAUGGGAUACCUCUGACUUGUAAUUUCUUGUUUUUACCACCUGUUGGUGGUGAGGAAUUCAGCGAUCUAUUCUAGGUAAAUGCAUAGGAGUCUCAUGUUGUUUCAUUAAGAAGUGUAUAAAAGAUUGUUGAGAAGUCUAUGAUUGAUUUGAUGAGUGA